AUGCCGUUUGAUCGUAUCACUGGAAGAGUUCGUGGCUCGGUCAAUAUGAUUGAUAUUGAGAGAAAUGUGGAAUGGGUGGAAGUUAGUGGAAGAUGGAGUCGUAUGUCGGUGAUGGGAACUUCGUUGAGUUCUGAAGUGUUGGCAGUUGAGAAUCAGGGAGAGAAGGAUGACAGGAUCAUCAUUUUCAUGAUUCCAGGAAAUCCUGGUAAUGAUGGUUUCUACACGGACUUUGGCAGGCGCCUGAUCCGUAAUCUAAUUGCUCGUGAAGAACGUCUUGGUCACAGACGUGUCAACUUCCUAUUUUACACAUUGUCCCAUUUGAACCAUGUUCUUCUUCCACCAGCGCUCCGUUGUUCCAACACCCACAAAGUCAACGAGAGAUUCAGUCUGGGUGACCAAGUGCAGCACAAAUUGGAUUUUGUUAAGGAGUACCUUCCAAGAGGAAACAGAGUCUUUAUGUUUGGACAUGGCGCCGGAGCUUACAUGUUGUUGAGCAUUCUACCGUAUAUCAAAGAUGAUUUCAACUUGAGAAAAGCGGUUUGCUUGUUCCCAACCAUUGAGAGAAUGACCGAGUCGCCACAUGGGAUACGGUUGAAGAAGGUGGUGUCGACUCUUCGACAGAACGAUUGGCUUGCUCGUACUCUUUCUUUUUGGGUUGAUCUUAUGCCAGAAUCUCUCAAACGUCGUAUAAUCUCAAUGAAGCUAACUUCUGAUCAGACCUCUCCCGAACUUGUUGAUUCAAUUUCUGAACUUCUUCACAUGCAUGUCUUCCGCAACAUAGUACACCUCUGCAAUGAUGAGCUCGAUAAGAUUGGCACUUUGGAUGAGACUCUGCUGUUUCACAGAAAUCUCAUAUACUUCUACUAUGGAAAAAACGACGGAUGGUGUCCAAUUGAGCAAGGAGAGCGAAUGAGCGAACGGUUGACACGUGGACAUGUUGUUCUGGAGAAAGAUAAUGUGGAACACUCCUUUGUGUUCAGAGAUGCUGCAACAAUGGCUGAAAAGGUCAUGCAGUUCAUUGUUUGA